UUCGAACACGAUUUAUUGGCUUUCGGCAACGUUAACGUUUGAAUAAUUUAAAACUAUACUAAUAAACGCAUUUAAAAUGCCGGAAUCACCAUUUGGAGCUGAUGUGGGUAAACAACCUGGUCUGGAAAUUUGGCGAAUCGAGAAUUUCGCACCAGUUCCAUACGACAAAAAGUCGUACGGAAAAUUCUACAGUGGAGAUUCUUACAUUGUUCUGAACACCCGCCUGUCCGGUGACAAGCUGAAAUGGGACAUUCACUUUUGGCUCGGGAAAGACACUUCUCAGGAUGAAAUGGGAGCAGCGGCAAUCUUCGCUGUUGAGUUAGACGAUCAUCUUGGUGGGGUUCCUGUUCAACAUCGGGAAGUUCAAGAAUAUGAAUCGUCGAUGUUUCUGGCAAAUUUCCCUGGGGGUGUACGAUACCUCGAUGGCGGAGUUGCCAGCGGUUUUAAACACGUUGAUCCCGAUCAAGUGGAGAAGAAACUUUUGCAAGUUAAAGGCAAGCGAAACGUUCGCAUCCGACAGGUCCCCCUCGAUGUGUCUUCGAUGAACAAAGGUGACUGCUUCGUUUUGGACGCUGGAAAGGUCAUUUACGUGUAUAUGGGCAAUGGCAGCAAAAAGAUAGAACGCUUGAAGGCUAUUCAAGCUGCCAAUCAAGUCCGGGACCAGGGCCAUGCUGGAAAAGCCAGGAUUGUUAUUCUCGAUGAAUUCAGUGGCGGCGGUGAUAUUACCACGUUUUUCAACGAGCUAGGUAGUGGAUCACCGAUGGAAGUUCCGGAAGGGUCUACCGAGGACGAUGACAUCUCAUUUGAGAAGCAGCAACAGUCGUCAGUAAUAUUGUUCCGCGUGAGCGAUGCUAGCGGUCAACUGGUGAUUGAAGAAAUUGGGCAAAAACCAUUGCAGCAAUCUAUGUUGAAAAGAGAGAACGAUGAAAGCGAAAAUUCGGAUUGCUUUAUCCUCGAUACUGCAGGAUCGGGACUCUUUGUUUGGAUCGGCCGAGGAUGUACUAAAGCUGAGAAACUUGAAGCGAUGAACGUGGCUCAAAAGUUCUUGACCGAGAAGGGUUAUCCGAUCUGGACUAAGGUUAACCGCGUCGUGGAUGGCGGAGAACCCACGAUUUUUAAGCAAUACUUUGCCAGCUGGAAAGAAGAAACGACAACAUCCCAAUUCCAUGUCCCUGUACCCACUAAAAACGGUCGCAUCGCAGAGUUCAAUGUUAGCUCUCUGCAUAGAGACAAACUUCGCCUGUUACUUAAACAGGGCGGUGCAGCUCCAGGAUUUUCACCCGAUGAUGGUUCAGGACAAAAGGAAAUUUAUCGUGUCGAGAAUUUCGAACUGGCACCGGUUGAUCCCUCUGCCCACGGAAUGUUCUUUGGAGGUGACUCCUACGUUAUUAAGUACACUUACAAUGUCGGUGGAAAAAAUCGCUACAUCAUCUACUUCUGGCAGGGUAACGACAGCACCCAAGACGAAAAGGCCGCCUCAGCAAUCCAUGCUAUGAGAUUAGAUAACGAAGUGGCCGGCAAGGCAGUACAGGUUCGCCUCACCCAAGGCAACGAGCCCCGUCAUUUCAUUAAGAUGUUCAAAGGUAAGAUGAUCAUCUUCACCGGUGGCCACGCCAGUGGAUUCCGCAACAUUCACGAUUACGAUAGCUACGAUGUGGAUGGAACCCGUCUGUUUCACGUUCGGGGUUAUGGAGCUGAUGAUAUGCGCGCUGUACAGGUAGCCGAGACCGCUUCUUCACUCAAUUCGGACGACGUGUUUGUUCUGGAGACCCCAUCAAAAACUUACCUAUGGAAUGGCGUUGCAUCGUCUGAUGAUGAAAAGAGCCUUGGAGUAGAGAUUGCAAAUCUUGUGUCCCCUGGUCGUGAAUUGGUUCCUAUCAAUGAAGGCGAAGAGCCGCAAGAGUUUUGGGAUGCCUUAGGUGGUAAAGGUCCUUACACCACUGUCCAACCUGAUCCUCCGCCAGUGUUGAAGGCCCGUCUCUUCCACUGCAUCUUGAACAUAGCCGGUCGUCUAAGGGUGGAAGAGAUCAAACCCUUUAAGCAAGAAGAUUUGGUUGAUGAUGAUGUGAUGGUACUGGACUCUGGUCAUGAAAUCUAUGUCUGGAUUGGACUGCAUUCUACAGAUCAGGAGCGGGCAGCUGGUUUCAAGAUGGCCCAGGAAUACUUGAAAACUGAGCCAUCUCAGCGUAGUGUUGACUCAACACUCAUAUUCAUGAUUCAUCAAAGACAGGAGCCAGAGAGCUUCAUCGAUGUUUUCCCCACCUGGAAUAGAAACAUGUGGAAGGAGCAGAAAACUUACGAACAAAUAAAAGCAGAGAUCAUGGCAUCCAACGGAGUUGAAGACGACGAGUAAUUUCUGUGAACCAGAAAACUUCGCGGCAUUUUGUGCGACUUCUUAGCCAAGUUUUAUCAUGCUUUCGUUUCGUCUGCUCUAACCAUUCUAACAAAAUGACUGCUUAUUACCGAAAUUCACUUGCUAAUUUGAAUACGGUUUUUACUGAACGACGCACAAUAUUUCUGCACUUAACUCUCUUGUCUAUUCUGUGAUAUCCUUUUCCUGUUCCUUAACGCACUAACUAAUUUUUUUAAGUAAUUCAAAAGGAUGCGUUAAACUUCGUUCUUAUUAGAAAGAUCAAAUCCGAUCUGAAGGUUAUGAUAUGGGGAUUAUACGCCAUCACAUUGCUUUUUUUGCCUGUCCGAACUUCCGGUAUUUGCUCGUUUUUUCUGCUUUGACAACUUUUUACUGUGUUUGCCAUCCAACAACUAUAAAGUCUAAUACACUAUUCGAAUAUACAAA